AUGCCUAUACCUAUACCUACAAGAACGACUUUCGAUCUGUUUCCAACUUUAUAUCGAGAACAAAUUGACGCCGCUAGGACAUCAUCAUGGUAUGACACCUUCGAAGAUCUUACUUUUCAAAGUACUAUAGUUGAUCUAGCUGAAUUAGGGGAAGAAGAAGAUUUCUUGAAUUGGUUAGAAGAAGAUUCGAUUUUCUUACCUGAAGGGAGCGAAGGUCGAUAUGCGGCAGGGGCUUCACUACCAAAUGCGUCAUCAAAUAACAUGAAUCGACAACGGUCGAAUUCAACUUCAUCAGAUGCAUCAUCAAAGAGUUCAAUUUCAUCCGAAGCUCCUAUAUAUCAUUUACCUAAAUUGAACGCAGCGAUACGAUCUGCAUUGGAUAAAUAUGGAGGUUCCGUAUUUCCAAAAUUGAAUUGGACUUCGCCAAAAGAUGCAGCUUUCAUAUUACCUCAAACAGCUUCGGGUCCGUUAUAUUGUACAUCACCAUCAGACGUAUACCUUUUAUUGAAAUCGAGUGAUUUCAUUUCCCAUGAUUUGGAUAACGAAAGAGCAUAUGCAGGCUGUGAAGAAGGAGAAGAACAAGAUGCGGUCACGUUCAUGAAACCGAAAUUAGAAUUGGUUUUAAAGAAAUAUUGCGAUAUAAAUCCUUCGAGGGAAAUCAGAUGUUUCGUAAGGAAUAAUGCUUUGAUAGGCAUAACGCAAAGAGAUAAUGUAUUUUAUGACCAUUUACAAUCUGAUGAAACUAGAAUCAAGAUAUGUGAUACCGUGAGAGCGUUAUGGGAAGAUGAAGUCAGAGAGAAUUAUGAUGGCGGUAUAGAUUACGUAUUCGAUUUAUAUCUCUCACCGAAUUUUCAAUCAGCUCAAAUAAUCGAUUUUCAACCAUAUAGAAAUUCGACUGAUCCUUUAUUAUUCACAUAUGAAGAAUUACUCUCAAUAUUAGAAACGGCUUUUGAACCUUUACCACCUUGCGACGAAGUGACCGCUACAACCACUAUUCCAAAGCCUAGAUUACCGAUUUUCAAGGCUAUCGAUUCACAAUCCCAUCCUUCGGCAAAUAGGAAUGCUCCUACUUAUCAAAGUAAUAUGAUGCCUUUUGAAAUGAUUGAAUUUAGUCAAGGUAGAAAUUUAGAUGAAUUCAAAGAAGCUUGGGAAGAAGCUCUGGCUCAAGGUCUGACUGAGUAA